AUGGGCGGCCACAGCAGCGCUUUACGCCGCCAUUUUGCCAAGAUCAGUUUCAAGCGUAAAUCGGCGAAUCGCGAUAAAAUCCGGACGUUCCGCGACCUGAUCUCGACGUGGCCGUUGGAAGAUGCGGAGUCGCUGUUCCGCGAGAUGGACGCCAUGCGACAAAUAGCCGAGCUGUACGAGGCGGCGAACGCGGCUCGGCCGAGCGUUUCGACGAUUGGCGAGCAGUUGCUCGGCUCGAAAACACAAGCAAUGGAGCUGGUUUUUAAGGGCGAAACCCUGAAGGUGCACGGGCGACUUUUGAAAGUUCGGAGCGAAUUCAUCGCCGAAGCGGUCUCGGAGGGAACGACCGUCAUCGAGCUCUCCUCCCCGCUACACACCGUUACUGUGGACGAGUUACGCGAAUUCAUCCGCUUCAUCUACACCGAUUCUUGUAAUCUCAACCCCGACACUUUGCACAUUAUUAAAGGGAUUUUAAAGGUGAAAAACCCGCUGGCCGUCGACCUGCAAAAACUGCAAGAGGCCGCGGAACGGGAGGGCGAUUUCGUGAUUGCGCUGCAGCGGGGGAAACCCGGGAAAAAAAGCCAGCAAGACGAGUACACGCUGCGCCUCGACGCCGAGAUUAUUGCCGCGCGGUCCGAGCUGUUCGCUUCGCUGGUGAAGCGGAGAAACGGCGAGAAAGUGAUAAUCCCCGGCGCAGCCAGCAGCGCUUCCUCGCUGAGCGAAGCCCGCGCCAUGGUCAGCGGCCAGUCGACGGACUCGGCGCUUCAGCAAGCUGGUCAUCUACUGCAUAUCGCAAGAUUUUUCGGGCUUCAUCACCUCGUACAGCUAUGCGAAGACGUGAUCGUGGCGAGUCUGUCCGUCGAUAGUUGUGCAUCAAUUCUGGAUUGGGCCGCGGACGGGGGAAGCCAUUAUGUGGCCAACAUGGCACGUGCCUAUUUGGCGUCCGAAUUCUCGCGCCUUGCCUCGACGCAUCACCUCUUCUACCUCGGCAUCGACCAGCUGGAGCAGGUCGUCGGCAACCACUUCUUGCAGUCAACGGAGGUCGAGGUGCUGGAGGCGGCGAUACGAUGGGGUGAGCACGAGCUGCUGAAGCGGAUGGAGAGCCGAGAGCCGAAUAUUGUGGCCGACACGUCGCACUCGAUCAGCCGGCGUGGCAUCCGGAAAAGCGAGGAGAGCGAGCGGGAGCUGAGGGAAAUCCUACUCCCGAUCUGCGGCCACAUCCGCACCGACUACAUUCUGCCCCCGUUCCACCAGUCGCUGAUCGGGGCCUACGGUAGAGGUCUCGUCGAGCGGUCUCCGCUAAAGGAUCUCGUGGUGUGCGCCUCGACAGCCGAGAUCAACCCCGAUCUCCACUGGUUCUGUCCGGAUCCACAGGCUUCGGGACCGCGAUUCUAUCGCGCAUAUUUUGAGGUACUACGCAACCAUAUCAUCUCGUUCACUGAAGCCGGCUCGCCCGGGCCCUCAUCUCGGUACCCGACCGUCCGGAGUAGCGGAUCGGCCGGAGCCGCGCCGAUUAAGAUCAUCGUGGUCAACUCCUUGCCGGGCGUCAUCAGCGACGAGCAAUUUCGGGAGACGAAACAGAAAAUUCUGGACGCCGUCGAGGCGGCCGAUUCGAAAUACGCGCUCCGCUUCAUGCCACGCCCCUUUCACAAGCGGCUGGCGGUGGAAAUGGUUGUAACACGUACUCUUCGCGAGUUGGAAGUACACCCCGAGUCUGUUGAGGUACACAUUGCCGAGUGGGCCGAGUCGCAGGUUGGUUUUAGGCUGAAUUUCCAUAACCUAGGGCUCAACCUCGUCGAACUCGAGCAUCCGCCUGCAGCUGCACAGCAGCCAACCGGCCCUCCACUGGCCGGACAUUAUGACGCUGGAACGGAGGAAAAGGGUGACUACCUCUUCAAAGUGUGCAUUCUGGGCGAUGCGGCGGUUGGGAAGAGCAGCAUGAUCUCGCAGUACGUUGAUCGCACCUUUGCCGAAGACCAGAAAUCCACGAUUGGCAUCGAUUACCGCGUAAAAUCUGCGACAGUCGAUGGGAAAGUUGUCAAACUACAAAUUUGGGACACGGCGGGGCAGGAACGGUUCCGCCCCUUCCGUACCAACCACCUACGGGCCGCCGAUGGGAUCAUUGUCGUCUAUUCGAUCACUGAUAAGAAAAGCUUCGACGCGAUUCCCGGGUGGCUAGCUGAAGUCAAAGACGAAGGAAGACGACCACGUGUUUUGCUAAUCGGGAAUAAGCUGGAUCGGGAGGAGGAGCGAGAAGUUUCCUUAGAAACUGUCAAGGCCUUUGCCGAUGCUAAUUGCCUUGAACACCUUGAGACCUCUGCAAAAACCGACGCAAAUAUCGUCGAGCCAAUGAGCCGGGCCGCAUGGGAGUUGGGCUCAGAAGUCCCGGUCGCCAUCAAGGUCGCCCAUGCCACAGCCUUGGACCAAGAACAGAUGAACGAAGUGAUGAAGGAGGCCAAGCGGAUGCGCAACUGCUCGCACCGAAACGUCGUCCGAAUGCGCGGCGUUGCCCAUGAGGAGGAGCCGCUUAGCUGG